AUGGCAACCCAAACCACCAUCCCACCCCCAAUCCUCUCCGCCACCUCCCCGGCCGACAUCGCCUCCACAUGCGAGACGUUUGCCCUCUCCAGGGAGGAGUUUGACAACCUCCACCGCUCAGCAAAAGAAGCCAAAAGCCAUUCCUACUCCCCCUACUCCAAAUUCCGCGUCAUGUCACACCCUGCGCAGUGCGCACCGCCCUUUUGCAAAGCCGUCACCACCGUCCACCCCCCCAACUCCAUCUCCUGGGCCUCCAAAACCCUAAAGUUCAAAGCCAUAGCAGUAGCAACAGACAUCUCCCCCCCAGCCUCCCCCUGCGGCAUGUGCCGACAGGCCAUCCGCGAGUUUUGCUCCGUAGAAAUCCCAAUCAUCAUGUUCGACGGUGAGAACGGGUACGCGGUCCUCAGACUAAAGGAACUACUCCCCCUGAGCUUUGGGCCGGAGGCGUUGGGGAAGGAGGAUUUGGGGCGGAGGGGGGAUUCUUAG